GGCACAGGUGGGGACACUGCUGGGAAUGGGUGGGCGGGGCUAGUGGGUGCACUGCUGAUCGGAACUUGCGGGGGUCACUGCUGGGCACCGAUCAUCAGGGCACUGAUCAUCAGUGCCCUGAUGAUCGGUGCCGAUCCCCGCUCUGACAACUGCCGGUUCUCGGCAGUACUUUCCUCACGAUCUGACAGCUGCCGGUUCUCGGCUGCACUUUCCUCACGCUGUCAGAUCGUGAGGAAAGUACUGCCGAGAACCGGCAGUUCU